AUGAAUAUUUUUUGUUUAUUAUUUUUCUAUGAAAAUUUUAGUAAAAAUACACUACUCUAAUUAUUUUUCUAAAUCUAAAUCUAAGGGGGGAUUAAUAACUUUUUAUUAUUUACAAUUUUUAUUUUAAUAUUCAAAAGAGGUCAAUAACCACUACCACAAUAACAAUAAACUCUAACUGUAUAAAAAAAUCAAGCAGGAAAAUUUAAUCCUGUUAAAUUUGUGAAACCCAAAUUUACAAAAGAAGAGUUUUGGAAAUUAAAGAUGCUUUCAUACUUAUUUGAUAAAGAUAACUAAGUACUAAAUCAUUUCAACUAAUUGAUUUAAAGAUUGCAAUUAAAUCAUUAAGAUUUGAAGCCAAAAAUCCUAUAAUGUAUUAAAUUACAAGAGAUUUGGAUACAGUUGGAAUUGUUCAAAUAGAUUUUGCUUAAUUUUUAAAUUAAUUAGAGCAAGAAUUGGUGA